UUCAAGGCUUCACUGGGCCGACAGGUGCACUGUUCGCAGCCAUGGCCUUGUCGCAACACUCCCAGAAUUCAACUGGGAGGCUAGAAAACUACGAAACAGAAAAUCCUGAAGGCCUUGCUCAGUGCCUCUCCACUGAAAGCCCACCUUGUCCUUCAGCAGUUUCAGGACUGCCAGUGAGAGCUGCAGUCACAACCCUGACGCAGAAUGUGCUCGGGUCUGGCGUCCUCGCGCUACCUUUUGCAAUGUGUUCAGCGGGCAUCUUUGGAGGCCUUGCUUUGCUGAUCUUCGUCUAUCUUCUCUCCGUCUUUACCAUGUCCAUUCUGGUUGCGCUGAGCAACACCUUAGGAACCUUCAGUUACUAUGGAGCAGCACGCCUAACAGCUGGACGUCGAACAGCGAUGUGGGCUGAGAUUUGGGUGUUAUGCACCAAUGUUGGUUUGUGCAUCAGCUACGUCAUCGUUUUGGGUGACUUUUCCUUCGCCUUGGCGCAGAAGUACGGCGUGCACAUCUCCAAAGAGGAGUGUAUGGCGGCACUGGUGGGCUUGAUCUGCUGGCCGUUGUCAUGUGCACCCAGCCUGGGUUUCCUGAGGUGGAUGAGCAUGUUGGGCUUGGCCAGCGUUCUCUUCUGCACGCUGGUGGCUGGGGUGCGAUACUGGGACGGCUCGUACUUUGAUGCUUCAGGGCCUCCGAGCCUUGCCGGCUUUAAGCUGGGCAGCUUUGGGCACUGCUUCCCCAUCCUUGUUGGGGCUUUUGGUGCUCAUACAAACAUUCCCCUUCUCUACAAAGAAGUUGCUCCCGGUGCUGUGACUCCAAAUUGGGGCCGAACUGAGGCAGGGAAGGCCGACUUCUGGAAGAUGAUCAAGGUGAUCACCGUCUCCUUGACCAUUGCCUGUUUGGUGUACGGCUGGGUUGGCAUCGUCGUGUAUGCCACCUUUGGAUCGAAGACCAAAGGGGACUUCUCGGAGAAUUUCCGUCCAGACGAUCAGCUUCUGGUCGCGCUUAGAGCAACCAUGACCUGUGCGAUUUGUAGCACUUUUGCUUUGAUGAUGAUGUCCGCUAGGGCGGCAGCUUGCAACUUGUUUUUGGAACCGCUUGGCUUUGCUAUAACAUCAGUGUCGCGAGCGAUUGUGGCUACUUUCCUCACAGCCCUUUGCUUGGGUGUGGCUGCCGUUGCCAAAGAAAUCGACAUAGUUCUGGCCUACAAUGGUUCCGUCUUUGCAACUCCAGUGUGUUUUGUGGCCCCGCCCAUCAUGUACCUUUGCUUACCCAGGCAAUCUCGAAAAAGAUCCAUCAGCACUUUGUGCGUGCUGUCUGCCUUGGCUGGCCUCGUUUUUGGCCUUUAUGGUUUUUUGGUCACCUUUCGCUCGUCUACCUGAAGCCUCCAGGGAGAUGGGUUGAAGACUGAGAGAGGUAACGCCAGUGACGCUGCUGUCCGACACCUUUGAAUGACAUGAAAAAUGCCGAACGCAACAACUGUCACCGUUGGCUGGAA